CUUAUCUUUUGCAGAGACAUGGCCCAAGGUGGUGGUGACGGCAAUGGUAUUGGAGGUGGCAACAAAAUACCUGAGGAGGUGCAACCACACCCAGUGAAGGAACAGCUACCCGGCAUUCAGUAUUGCGUUAACAGUCCUCCCCCAUGGCCGGAAGCUGUUGUGUUGGGUUUCCAGCAUUAUCUUUUGAGUCUGGGCAUUACCACUUUGAUUCCCAGCAUGAUCGUACCCCAAAUGGGUGGUGGUGAUACUGAGAAGGCAAGGGUAAUUCAAACCUUGCUUUUCGUUUCAGGAUUGAGCACACUCUUGCAGUCUUUGUUUGGGACCCGGCUCCCAUCUGUGGUUGUGGGUUCGUACUCAUAUAUUAUACCCACAACUUCAAUUGUACUAGCCCGGAGAUAUAAUGUAUACACAGAUCCUCAUGAGAGGUUCAUAGAGACUAUGAGAGGAAUACAAGGUGCUCUGAUUAUUACUGCAUGUUUCCAGAUGGUUAUGGGAUUUUUAGGCAUUUGGAGGACUGCAGUAAGGUUCCUUAGCCCCCUUUCUGUUGUUCCAUACGUAACUUUUACGGGGUUUGGGCUUUAUCAUCUCGGUUUCCCUUUGCUGGCAACAUGUGUUGAAGUUGGCCUUCCGGGGUUGAUUGUUAUGGUUUUCAUCUCACAGUAUCUUCCCCAGUUGCUGAAAGCAGAGAGGCCAAUAUGGGAUCGAUUCGCAGUGCUCUUCUCAGUUGGGAUUGCCUGGUUAUAUGCCCAAUUUCUCACUUCAAGUGGUGUGUAUAGGAACAAACCUGCAAAGACUCAGAUUAGUUGCCGCACAGAUCGUGCUGGACUCUUGACCGCAGCUCCUUGGCUGUAUAUUCCUUAUCCAUUUCAAUGGGGAAGCCCCACAUUUCAUGCCAGAGAAGCUUUUGCAAUGAUGGCUGCUUCUUUUGUUUCACUUUUUGAGUCUACUGGUACAUUUUUUGCAACAGCAAGAUAUAGCAGCGCCACACCUGUGCCACCUUCUGUUACUAGCCGCGGUAUUGGCUGGCUGGGAAUAGGAGUUUUGCUCAAUGGCGUGUUUGGUUCUGUAACUGGCGCUUCGGCAUCAGUGGAAAAUGCUGGUCUAUUGGCAUCAACGAGAGUUGGAAGUCGAAGGGUCAUUCAAAUAUCAGCAGUGUUUAUGAUUUUCUUCUCUGUAUUUGGUAAACUUGGAGCAUUUUUUGCUUCUAUACCCCUACCAAUCAUGGCAGCUUUGUACUGUGUGUUCUUCGGCUACGUUUCUUCUGCAGGUCUUGGUUUUCUCCAAUUCUGUAACCUGAACAGUUUCAGAACAAAAUUUAUUCUGGGCUUUUCUUUCUUCAUGGGCAUUUCAGUACCACAAUACUUCAGAGAGUAUUAUCGUAUAGAUCCAAGUUCUGGACACAUUCGCACCCACUCUGGAUGGUUUGAUGAUAUAGUGACUGUCAUCUUCAUGUCUCAUACAACGGUGGCUGCACUGGUUGCUUUGAUUUUGGAUUGCUCACUCUCUCGCGAAACUGACGCAGCCAGAACAGACACUGGCUUGCAUUGGUGGGAGAAGUUCAGCUUAUAUGCUUCAGACAUUAGAAAUGAUGAAUUCUAUGGACUCCCAUGCCUGCUGAAUAAGCUUUUCCCAGCUGUUUAAACCUACAGAAGAAUAUGAUCUGCAACUAUUACUGCUAGAGUUCUUGUUUUCCAUUCACAUUGCAAGAGGGAAACGAAAAUGCAAUGCUUUACCAUUGUGUGGUUAAUAUAGCAUGUAAGAUUUGAUGUGUUUUGCUACAACUUCUAAUUUCAUAGUCAUGGGCUUCUUUUCAAAAAAAUAAAAAAUAAAAAAAAUGCACGGAAGCAAAU